AUGAAGACACUGUUUCUCUCUUCACUGGGUGUGCUUCAGCUCUUGAUAGCCCUGUGCCAAUCACAGCAUCACUCUGAACUCCUGGUCAGCACUAAGUUGGGGAAGGUGGUGGGAACAAGAAUGCCAGUUCUGUCCAGCUACCUCAGCGCUUUCCUCGGGAUACCCUUUGCCGAACCUCCAGUUGGGAACUUGCGAUUUAAGAAACCUGAGGCCAAGAAGCCGUGGUCAGGGAUCUGGAAUGCUUCCUCCUAUCCCAAGAACUGUCAGCAAUAUGUUGACACUCAGUUCCCAGGAUUUCCCGGCUCAGAGAUGUGGAACCCAAAUAAGGAGAUGAGCGAAGACUGUUUGUACCUCAAUGUGUGGGUCCCCUCGCCUAGACCAAAAAAUGCAACUGUCAUGGUGUGGGUCUACGGAGGUGGUUUCUACAGCGGAGCUUCAACAUUGGACGUCUACAAUGGGAAGUAUCUUGCUCACACCGAGCAGGUGGUGGUGGUCUCCAUGAACUAUCGGGUUGGUGCAUUUGGUUUCCUCGCUCUACACGGAAGCCAAGAGGCACCAGGAAAUGUUGGGCUUCUGGACCAAAGGCUGGCACUGAAAUGGGUGCAGGACAACAUCCAGUUCUUUGGUGGAAAUCCAAAGAUGGUGACUAUUUUCGGAGAGAGUGCCGGAGGAGCUUCUGUCGGCAUGCACCUGCUCUCCCCAGGGAGCAGAGACCUCUUCAACAGGGCCAUCCUCCAAAGCGGCUCACCGAAUUGCCCGUGGGCGACCGUCUCUGUAGCUGAAGGUCGUAGGAGAGCGGUCGAGUUAGGAAGGCUCCUCAACUGUAAUAUCAACAGCGACGAAGAGAUAAUUGACUGUCUUCGAGCAAAAGAGCCCCAAGAACUCAUUGACAAGGAGUGGUCUGUCCUUCCCUACAGCAGCGUAUUCAGGUUUUCAUUUGUUCCGAUCAUUGAUGGGGACUUCUUCCCAGGCUCCCUGGACUCCAUGCUCAACUCAGGCAGCUUCAAGAAAACUCAGGUCUUGCUGGGAGUCAACAAGGAUGAAGGGUCUUACUUCCUACUAUAUGGAGCCCCAGGCUUCAGCAAGGACUCGGAAAGCAUUAUAACCCGUGAAGACUUCAUGGCAGGGGUCAAGCUAAGUGUCCCUCAUGCCAGCGAUUUGGGGCUGGAAGCUGUUGCCCUUCAAUACACAGACUGGCUAGAUGAGCACAAUGGCAAAAAGAACAGAGAUGCGAUGGAUGACAUUGUGGGAGAUCAUAAUGUCAUCUGCCCCUUGAUGCACUUUGCCCACAUGUACUCAGAAUUCGGCAAUGGCAUCUACAUGUACUUCUUUAAUCAUCGAGCCUCCAACUUGGUUUGGCCAGAGUGGAUGGGAGUCAUCCACGGCUAUGAGAUUGAGUUCGUCUUUGGGUUGCCUCUGGAGCAGCGACUAAACUACACUGAGGAGGAGGAGAUGUUGAGCAGAAAGAUAAUGCACUACUGGUCAACAUUUGCAAGAACUGGAAACCCAAAUGAGCCUCAUACACAAAAAAGAAAAUGGCCGCCUUUCACUGCCAGUGACCAGAAGUUCAUUGACCUCAACGUGGAGCCCAUCAAGGUCAAUAAAGGUCUACGAGUUCAGAUGUGUGCCUUCUGGAACCAGUUCCUUCCCAAGCUCCUCAAUGCCACAGAAACUAUCCAUGAGGCUGAACGUCAGUGGAAGAUGGAGUUCCAUCGAUGGAGCUCCUACAUGAUGCACUGGAAGAAUCAGUUUGACCAUUACAGCAGGCAGGAGCGAUGUGCCGACCUGUGA